GCAGGAGGCCGCCACAUUCGACGACCUUACUUUGACUUUGGGCUGCCGACUUGCAGCGAUUUCAAGUUCUCGCGGUUGCAUCUUGCGGACGGUGGUGGACUACGUGAUUUCGUUACUUGCUCUGUUAAUAGAAGAUUAACAACACUCCUCGUACUUGGUAGUAUUUCCUCGAUCUUUCGGAAUAUCGUCAUAAAUAGAACUAUAAAGAAAAACACCGUGGUUAUGGCGCUCAACAAGCUCAGCGUUGAUAAAGUGGAAUUGACGGAUAAGAGAGUGCUUAUGCGAGUUGAUUUUAAUGUACCGCUGAAAGAAGGAAAGAUAACAAACAAUCAGAGAAUCGUUGCUGCAUUAGACACUGUGAAGUAUGCCAUUGACAAGAAAGCCAAGUCAAUUGUUCUAAUGUCUCACUUGGGUCGUCCUGAUGGAAAAAGGAAUGAGAAGUAUACAUUAAAACCUGUUGCUGAAGAGCUAAAAAUAUUACUGGGAAAAGAAAUUGUAUUCUUGAAUGAUUGUGUUGGACCUGAGGUAGAAGCUGCUUGUGCCAAUCCAGCACCUGGUACAAUAAUUUUGUUAGAAAAUUUAAGAUUUCACAUUGAAGAAGAAGGCAAAGGAAUAGGUCCUGAUGGAAGCAAGAUCAAAGCUGACAAGGAUAAGGUUACAGAAUUUAGAGCAUCCUUGAGAAAGCUAGGAGAUGUGUACAUUAAUGAUGCUUUUGGAACUGCUCAUCGUGCUCAUAGUUCCAUGAUGGGAGAUGGAUUUGACACAAGAGCAAGCGGUUUCCUCCUUAAAAAAGAACUUGAAUAUUUUGCUAAAGCUUUGGAUAACCCAGCGAGACCAUUCCUGGCUAUACUUGGAGGCGCCAAGAUCACUGAUAAGAUUCAGUUGAUUAACAAUUUACUAGAUAAAGUGAAUGAGAUGAUUAUUGGUGGCGGUAUGGCUUUCACAUUUUUAAAAGUGUCCAAAAACAUGAAGAUCGGAAGUUCCUUGUUUGAUGAGGAAGGCGCAAAAAUCGUGAAUGAGCUAUUGGAUAAAGCAAAGAAGAAUAACGUGCAAAUUCAUCUGCCAGUAGAUUUCGUGACUGCGGACAAAUUCGCGGAAAAUGCAGCAGUGGGAAGUGCUGAUAUCGAAAGCGGUAUACCUGAUGGUUGGAUGGGACUCGAUGUCGGCCCACGUUCGAGAGAUUUAUUCGCCGAGUCAAUCAAGAGAGCGAAAGUCAUAGUAUGGAACGGUCCGGCGGGUGUGUUCGAGUUUGAGAAUUUCAGCCAAGGUACAAAGAGCGUAAUGGAUAACGUCGUGGAGGCUACAACUCGGGGAACCACUACUAUAAUCGGAGGCGGCGAUACGGCGACGUGCGCGGCCAAGUGGAAGACCGAGGAUAAAGUGAGCCAUGUGAGCACCGGCGGUGGUGCAAGUUUGGAGCUUCUUGAAGGCAAAGUACUGCCCGGAGUCGCCGCCCUUUCUCCGUCGUAAAUUCUGUUCUUCAUCGCGAACGUUGUGAUGUGAAAGCUGAAAGGCCUUGGUCGGGAAAAAAAUAUGAGAUCGUGAGCGUAAGAUUUCAGUGUUAACAAUUCGUUAGAUUGUUAGAUUCAGCGCUAGCGGGACUAGUGUAGAAAAAUGAAGGAAAAAAAUGUAUCCGUUCUUCAGUGUUAUGUUCUUUCGCGUAUAACGCGACAGGUUACCAGAGCCUCAGCAUCCCGACGGUCGACAGGCAUUCAUUCAAGCAUUGAAUGAUUAUAUUUUAAGAUAGACCUUGUCUCCCUACAUGUACAUUGCACGUAUGUAUUGUACAUGUAUUGUACGUAUGUUUAGAAUGUCAUACACAAACAACGUGUAUGCUCUAUCUAUAAAAUAUAAUGUACAAUAAGACAAUAUUAUAAAGCUCCCGGUUGCUAAUUAAGAAAACUCAUAAUCACAAGAGGAAGCAAACGCCGCGAUUAAAUGUGUAUAAUCGUCGUCCCCGCACGGUAAAAAGUUCACUCAUAGUUUCAAACACCGACUUCGAACCAAUUGUUAUCUCUAUAAAUGUAAUCUUUUGUUUACCAGCGUAAUUAAACAUUUCGCUCAUGUAACGCGUCAGAAAUAAAUAUAUUUAUCGCGUUUUC